AUGCAGAAUUCUCGCGCCUCCUCGAGUGCUGGGGCAGAGGAGGAUCCACUGAUAGAUGCAGUCGAUUUCGACCUCGCGCCGGCACCCACGGGCUGCAUUCGUGGGCCGGUUCAAAACUUGUUUCUCCAUCAGACGAACCCUCGCUUUGCAAUCAAUGUGGAGCUGGCUUUUCGAGGAGCCUUUUUCCUGCUAAUCGCAGGAAUACCCGUGAUCGUGCCUAGCGGGAAGUGGCAGGUAGUCGACUACAUGAUCCACUCCGGCAUCUAUAACAGCAGCGUCUGCUGUUUCAUCAUCUUCAACUUGGGUCGCACGUUCGGCGAGGCCCUGAACAAAGUCAACUCCGGCUUUCGCGGUACCUUCGCUGCUGCCGCCAUUGGAUGGAGCCUCUACACCAUCUGGCCUGAUGGGUACACAGAGGAGUCUGGCGACCUGGACUUUUGGCUCAUUGUGGCCAUCGGUACUGUUUAUGUUUGCCUUGUCAUGCUUCUGAAGCUGGACGUGUCUUUCCAGAUGUUCGCGAUUUCAAACUUUGCAGGCAUAUGGAUGGACAUUCUAAACCCCGCACAUCGAGCCACGAUCACACCGCCGUGGGCCGGGAACUGGUCGGUGGAAACAGACGACUUGUUGACGCAGUUAAUUCGCACUUUUAUCGGCCUUCUGACGGUUACAGUGGCACUGCUGCUUCCUUAUCCGCUUUGGUCUCUGGUCAAAGUCCAGGAGAACCAGCUCGUCUUAAAUACUCGACUAACGCAAAUUUUGGGGCUGAUGGUGAACCUAUACUGCCAGGACAUGCCGAAGGAUUACGAAAAGGCAGAAGUUCUGAAGCUUUUCCAGGGCAUGAAGUUUUCGUCCGGUGAGAACGAUCCCUUGAUUGCGGAGGCAUGGUGGGAAUGCUUUGGAUUUGGGAGGACGCAGCUUAAACGGCAGGUGCUCUUUUCCAUGAGCCAGACAACCCGGAAAAUAUACCUUCUAGCCUUCAAUGCUUGGACAGUAUCCUCCGAUCAAAUCAAGAGCGGCAAGGAUGCUGAGUUGAUGCGCCUCGUGAAGGACAAGACCGAAAGUGUUCUCAAAGAAAUGGGGAGGAUGCUGGACUUGCUGGUGAAGGCAGCGGAAGAUGGCAAGUUCGAUCCGAAUGAGGCAAAAGCGGUGAAGACCUGCAAGGGCAAUUUAGAGCGACUGGAGAGGGAGCUCGCCUCCCAUUUCCAUGCAAAGAGACUCGAAGUAGCUCAGAGGGCACCCAAACUCACUGGGGGCACUGCUGAGUCGAUGUACAAGGAAGUACGAUUCGCCCAGGUUCUCACGUGGAGCAUCAGCCGCAUUGUAGGUGAAGUGAUUCAGCUUGCUGACGGUGUCUGCAAGUUCUCAAACGGUGAAGCUUCCCUUCCGCCUCCUCCAGAUUCUGCAGGCUUCCUGGCUGUCUUCCAAGGUGUGGCAGAGAAGGAGCACCUUCUCUACGCGUGGCGGGGAAUCAGCUCGUAUCUCCUCAGUUUCAUGCUGGGCUAUUUUGGAUUCAAGCAGAUUGUUCCUCCGUAUUCUUCGGGUAUAGCCGCAACGGCCCCGCUCCUGCUUUCCAUGUAUGUUGGCUCAGCACUGGUGAACGACUUGAACCGAAUACAAGGGCUAAUGAUCGGAAAUGUUAUUGCUCGAAUUCUGAGAGGUUUGAUCGACGACUGUGAUCCCGCCGAUUUGGUCACCCAUGCUGUCAUUACAUUUGCAUGGGUAUGGACUGGCCUCUUCGUCUGCUUCCACUCGCGCUCGUACUCAACGAUAGGCGUGCUGGCGGCAGCUUUCGGGGCACUUACCCUGCUCGCCGACAGCUGCAACCAUCUGUCGGACAAUGUUGGAAAGCGCGCAACUUUCGAUUCACUGGCGAUGAACUGCAUUGCCGUUAUGAUUACAAUGUGUGCCGACUUCAUGUUCCAGGCAGACCGUGCAUCCGACCAGGCACACAAAAUCCUGGACAAGUGCUGGAGUAAGAUUCACGACUCGCUUGCUGGUCUUCUCAACCCCGAUGUAAAAACGGUGGCCUUCGAGUCUGCAAAAGCCAAGGAACUGCUGACAGAAGCCAUGCACAUGGGUCAAGAGGCGAAUUUGGAGCCUCGCUUCUGGCGUACCAUCUGGCAUCAGGAGUUGUUCACCGGUGUCUGCCGAGCGACAGAUGCUCUCAUCGUUGCAACUGCUGCUCUGGAGUCUGCCAUUGCGGAGCACGGGAAUGACGCGGAUGCUAAGUUUGCAACUUUUGUUGACCUUUCAACGCCGAGCUCAUCCAGCGCGACCACAGGCAUUUUUGGUAGCCCAGGGGAGGUAGACGUCUUGCGAAACUUCAAGGCCGUUCAGAAGCUUCUUCACAUCUUCGUGCACGAGACCGUGCGCAAAUUUGAAGGAACGUUACACGAGCAUCGCGACACCGGCAACGAAAACAAGCUGCUGAGUGAGAGUGAGGUGGAGACGCAAUUCAUCAAGCGAACCGUGCCGAAGUUUUUCGGCGUUCAAGACCAGCCGCAGGACAAGAUGUCCCACGAUCAGAUGGCAAACUUGUCGGUCGUGUUCGCUGGGCGUCGGCCAGUUCCCUACCUUCGCCUGUCCUUCGUGACGCCGGAAGACAGCUACCCGGAGGGCCUUAAGCGCUUGAGAGAGGUCCUCCUGGAGCUCAGCCUCCCGCUGAAAAGCUCCGAGGAGGCAUAUCCUUCCGGCUGA